AUGUCGAAGCUACUCAAGCAGGCGUCAUUCGACGUGAUCAUUUGCGGCGGAGGCACGGCCGCAUGUGUGCUCGCAGCACGUCUAACAGAAGAUCCGAAUGUCUCCGUUCUCAUACUUGAGGCUGGAGAAGACGCAAACAACGAUCCUCGCAUCACCACGCCAGCGCUCUUCCCCUCCCUCUACGACGACCCGCAACGAGACUGGCAACUCCUCUCCGAGCCAAGCCCAGGCCUUCAUGACAGGAAACUCCACCACCCUAGAGGCAAAUGCAUAGGCGGCUCGUCUGCGAUCAACCUCAUGGCCAUGGUCUAUCCUUCAAAGACGGGGCUGGACACUUGGGCCGAACUUGGAAACCCCGGCUGGGAUUGGAAGAGCAUGGCGCCCUAUUUCCGCAAGUUCCAAACUCACAUAAAGCCACCUAAAGACGUCGAACAAGCUCUCGGGAUCGACUACCUCGACGGCGAAUUCACCGGCACAGACGGACCUAUCAAAGCCUCGUUCCCGCAAACGCUAGAUCCUCUGCAGAAGGCAUGGAUCGAUUCCUGGAAGAAUCUGCAACGACGCGGGAACCCCAUCGAUGGAGUGGGUAAUGGCGGUUUUGCGGUGCCGGCUUCGAUCGAUGUCAAGACGGGGAAGAGGAGUUUUGCUGGCACGGAGUAUUAUGAGCCUGUGAAGGGUCGGCCGAAUCUUCAGACUUUGACCGGUGCUCUUGUGGAGAGAGUUGAGUUGGAUGGGAGUUCUCCUGGUGCUGUUAAGGCUACGGGUGUGGUGUUCUCGGUCGAUGGAAAGCAGCAUGUCGCGAAGGCAGAUAAGGAGGUUAUCGUCUCCGCUGGCACGUUUGGGUCGCCUCAGAUUCUUGAAUUGUCUGGUAUUGGCUCUGCUGAGCUCUGCAAAUCUUUGGGGAUCGAGAAUGUCAUCGAUAACCCCAACAUUGGUGAAAAUCUCCAAGACCACCUGAUGGCCGGCCCCAGCUGGGAAGUCAAAGACCGCGUGCAAACAGCAGACCAAUUCCGCGACCCCAGCGUAAUCCAAAAAGCCCUCCAACAAUACCAAGAAACCUCCUCCGGCCCCCUCGCCAACGGCGGAGGCCACCAAUUCGCCUACUGCCCCUUAGUCGACUUCAUAACCCCCGAACCCAAAGAAACCCUCACCCAACUCCUCGACAAACACCUCCCUCCCCCAACCUCCCCCUCCUCCCCUCCAAAAUACGCAGCAGAAGAACUCCACAACGCCUACAUCCGCAAAAUCAUCUCCUCCCCGGACGAAACGCCCCUCGCCAUCUGCAUGAUCCUCGUGCAAUUCCACGGCCACCUCGAACCCGUCAAGGACAAAAUGUCCCUCCUCGCGCCCGACAACUACAUCACCUGCGUCACGCAACUCUCGCACCCCUUCUCGCGCGGGAGCUCACACAUCUCCUCUGCGAACAUCUCCGCCAAACCGACCAUCCGCCCAAACUACCUCUCGCACCCCCUCGACGCCGAAAUCCUCGGCCGGGGCAUCUUGCAGUGCGAAGCCCUCGCGAGCGUCGAACCGCUCAGGUCGUUCCUGAAACCUGAUGGGAAGAGGCUCCCCGAGGGGAGGAGGAUCGAUUCUCUGGAGGAGGCGAUUGAAUUCGGGAGGGCCUGCGCGACGAGUAAUUACCAUCCCUGCGGGACGUGUGCGAUGAUGCCGGUGGAGUUGGGGGGCGUGGUCAAUGAGCGGUUGGUGGUGCACGGGACGACGAAUCUGAGGGUUUGUGAUGCGAGUGUGUUUCCUAUUGAGCCGAGGGGGAAUAUCAUGACGACUGUUUAUGCGACGGCUGAGAAGGGGGCGGAUUUGAUUCGGGAGGAUCUGAAGAAGGUGAGAGGAUGA